AUGGGUGCGGAGAGUUUGAAAGUCCCAAAUACAGCUGAUGGAGUCCUAACCAUGUCGUUGAUUGACCGGGACGAAGGCCUUAAGAAUAAGGAAGUAACAAAUAUGAAAAUUGUUGACAUGCGAAGAACCAAAAAAAGUGUAGAGUACUUGCUUAGUUUUGAUGGCGCUAUUCCUACACAGAAUUAUUGGAUUUCAGAAAAGAAUAUGAAUCUUAAAGAGCUAUCUUUGGUACAGAGUUUCAAAAAACAAGAUCGCGAAAUGCUUGCAGAGGAACUGGAUAAAGGACUGGAACCGGAAAAGAUCAUUGGCUUAUCAAAAAUUAAUGGCAGAAGUGUCGCUCUUUUGAAAUGGAGAGAAAAUGAGAGUUUGAGAAGAAAACAAGCUAUUAAUCAAGCAAGUUACAUAUCAAAGUGGGUCAUUGAGGAAAGGUAUCCGAAUUUAUUGGUAGAAUUAUUUGAGCACGGCUUUCAAAAAGCUUCAUACCAGUACAUGGAGGACGUGUGGCACCAUUUUUAA